GUCCCCACCCCCGGGGGGGAGGGUGUGCUCACUCACCUCGGGGUUGAGGCUUUAGUAUCUGCUGCUGGCUCCACACUCGCCCCCCAACCCCCUCCUGCCCCCUGCCCCACGGUGACGCGGCCUCGGCUCUGGGGACGUGGCUGGGACAGAGGCGGACGGUGACCAUGAGGUGUCUGAGCUCCACUUUCCGUAUAAUGACCUUCUGUAAGAAUCGGCAGAUAUUUCUGUCCAAAUCCUUGCUGCGAUGUUUGGGUGUCUCAGCUCGGUGGGGCACCACAGCAGAACAGAAGGUGCCCUCCAGCAAGAUUCUCGGAGAGGAUAUAUCAACAUCAAAGAGCCCAACUAAACCACUGCCAGAACAUGCUGAUGUGGUGAUCAUGGGCGGUGGCAGCCUGGGAUGCCACACCUUGUACCAUUUAGCAAAAAUGGGCAUCUCCAAUGUGGUGCUGCUGGAACGAGACAGGCUGACCUCCGGGACCACAUGGCACACUGCUGGUCUGCUGUGGCAGUUGCGACCCAGUGACACGGAGAUUGAGCUGCUCAAGCACACAAGAGAUGUUGUAAGUAAAGACUUGGAAGAGGAGACUGGGCUACACACAGGCUGGAUUGAAAAUGGUGGCCUCUUCAUAGCCUCCAACAAGCAACGAUUGGACGAAUAUAAACGCCUCAUGUCACUGGGAAAAGUCUACGGGAUUGAGUCAUUUGUGCUGUCCCCGGCAGAAACGAAGGAUCUUUACCCCUUGAUGAAUGUGGACGAUCUUUAUGGUACACUGUACGUGCCCACCGACGGCACCAUGGAUCCGGCUGGAACCUGUUCCACAUUGGCACGGGCGGCCACAGCUCGCGGGGCCUCGGUGAUUGAGAACUGUCCCGUGACGGGGAUCCAGGUGAAGACUGAUCAUUAUGGAGUCAGGCGACUCACGGGGGUCCAGACUGACUAUGGGAUGAUCCAGACUUCUUGUGCGAUUAACUGUGCAGGUGUGUGGGCUCGGGCACUGGGAGAAAUGGCAGGAGUCAAUGUCCCACUGAUUGGCAUGCGCCACGCGUAUGUGGUGACAGAGCGGAUUGAAGGAAUCCAGAAUAUGCCCAAUGUUCGCGAUCACGACAGCUCGGUGUACCUCCGUCUCCAAGGAGACGCACUAUCGGUCGGUGGAUACGAGCCAAACCCAAACUUCUGGGAAGAGGUGUCAGAUAAAUUUGCCUUUAGCCUUUUUGACCUGGAUUGGGAUGUUUUCACACAGUUGAUUGAAGGAGCUGUGAACCGUAUCCCUGCUCUGGAGACCACAGGGGUGAAGUCGACCGUGUGUGGACCAGAGUCCUUCACUGCUGACCACAAACCCCUGAUGGGAGAAGCUCCCGAACUGCGAGGCUACUAUCUGGGAUGUGGAUUCAACAGCGCAGGAAUGAUGUUGGGUGGCGGUUGUGGGAAGGAGCUCGCUCACUGGGUCAUCCACGGCCGGCCGGAGAAGGACAUGUUUGGUUACGACAUCCGUCGUUUCCAUUGUUCACUGACCAAUAACAAUCGCUGGAUCCGAGAGCGCAGCCAUGAAUCUUACGCCAAGAAUUAUUCGGUGGUGUUUCCCCAUGAUGAGCCCCUUGCGGGAAGGAACAUGAGACUUGAUCCCCUGCAUCAGGAGCUCCUUCAGCAGGGAUGUGUAUUCCAGGAGCGACAUGGAUGGGAACGACCUGGAUGGUUCAAUCCGAAAGGACCUGCUCCACUUCUGAAUUAUGAUUAUUAUGGAUUUUAUGGAAACAAGCGACAUGAGGAUUACAGAUAUAGCCAACUGCUGCAUGACGAUUACACCUUUGACUUCCCCCCACACCAUCAACAGAUUAAGUCCGAGUGUGGAAGUUGCCGGAAUGCUGUCGCCGUGUUUGACAUGUCCUAUUUUGGGAAGUUCUACCUCCUGGGCCCAGAUGCUAAGAAGGCAGUGGAUUGGCUGUUUACUGCUGAUGUCAGUGCAUCAUCAGGUAAAACCGUUUACACCUGUAUGCUGAACAGUCACGGUGGGACAGAGAGUGACCUCACAGUGAGCCGAAUCGAGAGCACUCCUCAAGGAACGGAACUCACUCCUGCCUUUCAGGGUGAUGGCUAUUACCUGGCAGUUGGAGGUGCAGUGGCCCAGCACAAUUGGUCCCACAUCAACUCUGUGCUCCAGGACCAGGGACUGAACUGUCAGCUUCGUGAUUAUUCAGAGGAGCUGGGAAUGAUCAGCGUGCAGGGACCACAGAGUCGCUCGGUGCUACAGGAAGUUCUCGAUACUGAUCUUAGCAAUGAGGCUUUCCCCUUCUCGACACACCAGGUUGUGAAGGCAGCUGGACACACAGUACGGGCUAUGAGGUUGUCAUUUGUUGGUGAGCUAGGCUGGGAGUUGCAUGUGCCAAGGGAAUCCUGUGUCGCUGUUCAUCGGGCUGUGAUGCAGUCUGGGGCAAAAUUUGGAAUCGCCAAUGCUGGUUAUAGAGCCAUUGAUUCACUGAGUAUUGAGAAAGGUUACAGACACUGGCAUGCUGACCUUCGAUGUGAUGACACCCCACUUGAAGCAGGGCUGGCUUUCACUUGCAAACUAAAAUCAAACAUCCCCUUUCUUGGCCGGGAGGUGCUAGAGAAGCAGAAAGCCGAGGGCCUGUGUAAACGCUUGCUGUGUUUCACCAUUGAUGAGAAGGUUCCCAUGUUUGGCCUGGAAGUGAUUUGGAGGAACGGGAAAAUAGUUGGACAUAUUCGGAGGGCAGAUUUUGCAUUUACACUCAACAAGACCAUCGCGUACGGCUAUGUCAGGGAUCCUGAUGGUGGAGUCGUAACACCGGACUUUGUGAAGAGUGGGGAAUAUUCACUGGAGAGAAUGGGCAUCUGCUACCCAGCAAAGGUCCAUCUCAAAUCACCCUUCGAUCCAAACAACAAGCGAGUUAAAGGGAUUUAUGAGUGAGGACCUGGCCUGCCUGUGAUCUCCAUGCUCUGAAAGUGGGAAGGAUCUGACCAGGAAUUGUCUUUGGAAGAUCAGUUUCUGGAAGCCAGAAGUGUUUGAAGUUUCUGAACUGGGUAUUAUAACCUGACUGAGAAAGAGACCUUUUAAUAUUUUAUUGGAUUGGAAUAAUUCUUCAGUCUUUAUAAUUAUUUUCAAUCAAGUUUUAACAAAUUAAACUUUACAUCAUUGCCAAAAA